AUGGAUCAAAGAAUCUGUAUCAAAUUUUGUGUGAAAAACAAAAUUAAGUGCGCGGACGCAUUCCGAAUGUUGACUGUGGCAUAUGGUGAAGCUACCUUGGACCGAAGCAACGUUUAUCGGUGGUACAAAAUGUUCUUAGAGGGCCAAGAAAAUGUGAACGACGAAGAGCGUGUCAGACGCCCGAGCAUGUCAACAACAGGCGAAAACAUUGAUAAAGUGAAGAAAAUAGUAUUGGCCAGUCGUCGAAUCACUGCUAGAGAAGUUGCUGAGGACCUAAACAUAUCGAUUGGCUUGUGCCAUUCGAUUUUUACAAAUGAUUUUGGCAUGAGAUGGGUCGCCGCGAAAUUCGUACCA